AACCUUUCUACUCUCUUUUUCCCAGAAAAGAAAAGUCAGCCAUUAGAACUUCAAUUGUUCCAAGUGUUGAGCUCACCAAUUACUAUUCUCAUUAUCAUCAUCAUCAUCAUCGAGCAUAUAAUUAAAGAAUCAUCAUUUGUUCAAACAAUCAUUCCUUUUACCAUAAAUGACAAAAGUGUUGGAUGGUUCUUUUGGUUUUUGGGCAAAUCCACGACUGAUUUCUCAAUCUGAAUUAUCUCUUUUUCCCGUCGGAUCCUCCUCACCGUCACCGGAGUCGUCUUCCGCUACCAUUCCCGAACAAGUCACUCUUGCCCUAAUCAAGUUUCGCAAAAAAGUUUAAAAUGGAAUCUGGAAGAGAGAUUAUUGCGAUUGCUGAAGUAGUUAGCUUGAGAGAAGAAGAAGCUGUGAAUAAUGAAGAUAGGAAUCAAAAUGAAGAGCCAAAAGCAGUUUCUAAGUUUAAGGAAAGACCCAAUGCUUCCAAGAAUGUUGGAGGAUGGAAACUUGCAAGCCUAUUAUUAGUUAACCAAGCUUUGGCAACCCUAGCUUUCUUUGGAGUUGCAGUAAACUUGGUGUUGUUCUUAACAAGAGUUCUUGACCAAGAGAGUGCCACUGCUGCCAAUGGCGUUAGCAAGUGGACUGGCACCGUCUACCUUUUUUCCCUCGUCGGUGCCUUCAUUAGUGACUCUUAUUGGGGUCGCUAUGUUACUUGUGCUGUUUUUCAACUCAUCUUUGUAUUUGGUUUGGGGCUAUUAUCCCUGACAUCGGGGAUGUUUCUCUUAAAGCCCAGGGGGUGCGGUAAUGGCACACUAGAUUGCAUGCCCACAUCUACAAUCGGCGUAGCAAUCUUCUACCUCUCUAUCUACAUGAUUGCAUUUGGCUAUGGCGGGCAUCAACCCACACUCGCCACAUUUGGUGCUGACCAAUUUGAUGACUCCAUUCCUAAAUACGUCAACGCCAAGGGUGCCUUCUUCUCUUACUUCUACUUUGCUCUCAAUUUCGGUUCCCUCUUCUCCAACACCAUUCUUGUCUAUUUUGAGGAUUCCGGCCACUGGACUGCAGGAUUUUAUGUGUCCUUCGGCUCUGCUGUACUAGCCUUGAUUUUGUACUUACUUGGCACCAAACGUUACCGUUAUUUGAAGCCUUGUGGGAACCCUUUGCCGCGUGUGGCUCAAGUGUUUAUGGCUGCUAUCAAGAAGUCGAAGGUGGUGCCUGCAAAUGGAGAUGAACUUUACGAGGUUGAUGGCCCUGAGUCUGCCAUUAAAGGCAGCCGUAAGAUUCUUCAUAGCAAUGGUUGUAGGUUUUUAGACAAGGCGGCAACGAUUAUAGAUGAAGAUACGAAAGAAUCAAAGAAUCCAUGGAAUCUCUGCACAGUAACUCAAGUCGAAGAAGCAAAAUGUCUCAUCAGAAUGCUUCCAAUUUGGGUUUGCACCAUCAUGUACUCCGUCGUCUUUGCUCAAAUGGCAUCUUUGUUCGUCCAACAGGGAGAUGUAAUGAACUCCACUAUCGUCGGUGGAUUCCACCUCCCAGCAGCAAGUAUGUCCGCCUUUGACAUCUUAAGCGUCCUCGUAAGCACCGGCCUGUACCGCCAAAUCCUCGUCCCUCUUGCUGGUCGAUUUAGUGGAAACCCUAAAGGUCUAACAGAGCUUCAAAGAAUGGGGACUGGCCUUGUAAUUGCGAUGUUAGCCAUGAUAGCUGCUGCUGCGACCGAGAUUGAGAGGUUAAAGCACGUUGUUCCGGGACAAAAGCAUAGUUCUCUAAGCAUAUUUUGGCAAAUUCCUCAGUACAUUCUGGUAGGUUGCUCCGAGGUUUUCAUGUAUGUAGGACAACUGGAGUUCUUCAACUCUCAAUCACCUGACGGAAUAAAAAGUUUGGGAAGUUCGUUGUGUAUGGCAUCCAUUUCGCUUGGAAAUUUUGGGAGUAGCUUGUUGGUGUAUAUGGUUAUGGCGAUCACAAGGAAAGGAGAAAGCCCUGGAUGGAUUCCGGAUGACUUAAAUGAGGGUCAUAUGGACAGAUUUUACUUUCUAAUUGCAGCUCUUACGGCCAUUGAUUUCUUGAUCUAUUUGUAUGGAGCAAAAUGGUACAAGUUUAUUCAGAUCGAUGACAUUGCAGUAGAACCGAGCAAUAACUCCAUGGGUGUCCAACGGAAGGAGGAAGAAGAUGAAAUUCUUGAUAGAGUAUGAUUAGUUAGUCCAAAUAAUUAUUCUGAUUUUAUUACAAAAAUAACAAUGGUGAUAUGUUGAUUAGAUUAGGCAAUUUGAGAACUAAUAUCAUAGCUGGUAAUUAUUAUGUUAAGAGAUGGAAUAAAUAAUGUAGUUGUCAUUAUGUUA